UAGUUUGUCUUGUACUGUCAAUUCCACUUGUAAAAUAUGGCAGAUGAAAACACUCAGACCAAGAAAGAGGAAACUAAGAAAAGACCUAAACGACAGCCAAAUAAGAAUUAUGCUUUAAAAAAGAGACUACCAGUAAAACCGAUAGACGGCGAGAAUGUGAUAUUUAUAACAAAGAAAACCAAUUUUAAGGCACAACUGGACAAGUGUUGUGAUCUUAUAACAAGAGGGGAAAAGGAAAUAAUUCUUCAUGGUCUAGGAGCUGCAAUUCAAAGGUGCUGCAAUUUAGCACUACAGCUAGAAAUAUUGUUCUCUGGCACAUGCCAAAUAGAAGUAAAUACUGGAACCGUGGACUUAGUUGAUGACCUGGAACCCCUAACUGAUGAGCUGGACUUUGAUUCUCAAGUGAGACAUUCAUCUUCAAUCCACAUAAGAAUAUUCAGAACAGCAAUGCUUGGUGCUAACCAGUAACCAUGUUCUUCACGCUGAACGAAAUAGUGCAGUGGAUUGGACUAACAGUGUUUGAAAUAUGGAUAAACUUAAUAACUAUAACAAUAUUCUCAGUGCUCUUGGCACUUAAAAUAGAUGGCGUUGUUAACAGCGCAUGGUGGACAAUUCUUGCACCAUUAUUUGUAAGUGAUGCAAUGAAUGCAUAUUUUUGCUGUAUAGUAUGUAUAAGAAUGAAUUUAGAAAGUUCAUAUAAAGCAUCUUUAUAUAGAGCAUCUUGGAGCGCUAUAUUUUUAGGUCUGACUUUUGUAUUUAAAUUCCUAUUAUGUAGAAAGCUCCAAGGUGACUCAGCCAUAGAGUACAGUGAAGUGUUUGCACCAUUGUUUAUACUUCUACAACUGAUAGCUGUAAGGGCAUGCCAAUUACAUCAAUAAAGCUGUAUACUCCCCAAUAAGAAAUAAAUAUAAAUAACCUAU